AAUAUAUAGACUUACCUACAUAUACACAUAUAUGUAUAUGUAAAAGGGACAUAGAUCACAAAUAAGCAAACCCUGCUUUAUUACCACAAAGAUUGCCAAGAAUUUAGAGAUGUAUUUGUCAAGAUUCCUGUCAAUUCAUGCCCUUUGGGUUACAGUGUCCUCAGUGAUGCAGCCCUACCCUUUGGUAUGGGGACAUUACGAUGUGUGUAAGACUCAGAUUUACACAGAAGAAGGGAAAGUUUGGGAUUACAUGGCCUGUCAGCCGGAAUCCACGGACAUGACCAAAUAUCUGAAAGUAAAACUGGAUCCUCCGGACAUUACCUGUGGAGACCCUCCUGAGACAUUCUGUGCAAUGGGCAACCCCUACAUGUGCAAUAAUGAGUGUGAUGCAAGUACCCCCGAGUUGGCACAUCCCCCUGAGCUGAUGUUUGAUUUUGAAGGAAGACAUCCAUCCACAUUUUGGCAGUCUGCUACUUGGAAGGAAUAUCCCAAGCCUCUCCAGGUUAACAUCACUCUGUCUUGGAGCAAAACCAUUGAGCUCACAGACAACAUAGUUAUUACCUUCGAAUCGGGGCGUCCAGACCAAAUGAUCCUGGAGAAAUCUCUCGAUUAUGGACGAACAUGGCAGCCCUAUCAGUAUUAUGCCACAGACUGCUUAGACGCUUUUCACAUGGACCCUAAAUCCGUGAAGGAUUUAUCACAGCAUACGGUCUUAGAAAUCAUUUGCACUGAAGAGUACUCUACGGGGUAUAUGACAAAUAGCAAAAUAAUCCACUUUGAAAUCAAAGACAGGUUUGCGUUUUUUGCUGGACCAUGGCUACGCAAUAUGGCUUCUCUCUACGGACAGCUGGAUACAACCAAGAAACUCAGAGAUUUCUUUACAGUCACAGACCUGAGGAUACGGCUUUUGCGACCAGCGGUUGGGGAAAUAUUUGUAGAUGAGCUACACUUGGCACGCUACUUUUAUGCGAUCUCAGACAUAAAGGUUCACGGAAGGUGCAAAUGUAAUCUCCACGCCACUGUGUGUGUGUAUGACAACAGCAAAUUGACCUGUGAAUGUGAGCACAACACUACAGGUCCAGACUGUGGGAAAUGCAAGAAGAAUUAUCAGGGUCGGCCUUGGAGUCCAGGCUCCUAUCUCCCCAUCCCCAAAGGCACUGCAAAUACCUGUAUCCCCAGUAUUUCCAGUAUUGGUAAUUGUGAAUGCUUCGGCCACUCCAAUCGAUGCAGUUAUAUCGAUCUGCUAAAUACAGUCAUUUGCGUGAGCUGUAAACACAACACUAGAGGGCAGCACUGUGAGUUAUGCAGGCUGGGCUACUUCAGAAAUGCUUCUGCACAGCUGGACGAUGAGAAUGUGUGCAUAGAGUGUUAUUGUAACCCUUUGGGCUCAGUCCAUGAUCGUUGUAAUGGCUCAGGAUUUUGUGAGUGUAAGACGGGAACGACAGGGCCUAAGUGUGAUGAGUGUCUGCCGGGAAAUUCCUGGCACUACGGCUGUCAACCGAAUGUCUGCGACAACGAGCUCCUGCACUGCCAGAACGGAGGGACGUGCCACAACAACGUGCGCUGCCUGUGUCCGGCCGCGUACACGGGCAUCCUGUGCGAGAAGCUGCGGUGCGAGGAGGCGGGCAGCUGCGGCUCCGACUCGGGCCAGGGGGCGCCCCCUCCCGGCUCCCCGGCGCUGCUGCUGCUAGCCGCGGUGCUGGGCACAGCCAGCCCCCUGCUGUUCUAG